UCUGUGGACUUUCACUGUGAUGAAAGAGGAGCAUGAGUCUGUAUAAAACCUGAACGAGGACCGACUAAAGCUACUGAAGAUCAAACUCUGACAUCUGAACAUGAGACGUGUUGUCAUUCUGCUGGCUGUGUGCGCAGCCACGUUUAGUGUGUGUGACAGCGUAAUUUGUCGUGCGAUUUGUGAAGGCAACCCUUCGAACAGCAUUAGGACGAGCGAUGUCUGGGGAGAGGGACACUACGGAGCCCCACGGGGAACCAGGGAGCACAAAGGUCUGGACAUUGAGUGCAAUGACGGAUCGGUUGUUUACGCUCCGUUUGAUGUGACUAUCAACAGAAGUCUCUCCGUCUUUUCUGACCCCAAACAGGCAGCGAUCAACAACGGCAUCCAAUUGAGUGGAAACAAUCUGUGUUUCAAGCUGUUCCCUCUUAAGCCGGACCAGGUAUCUGGAACUGUGAAGGGGGGCCAGCGGCUCGGAGUCAUGAUGCCCAUGCAGAGCGUUUAUCCAGGAAUCAUCUCACAUAUCCACAUCCAGAUGUGUGACGAUAGCGACCCCACACCUUACUUAAAAUGUGCGCUUUGUGAAGGCAACCCUUUGAACAGCAGGAGGACGAACGACAGCUGGGGAGAUGGAAUCUACGGAGCGCCACGGGGGACCAGGGAGCACAAUGGUCUGGACAUCGAGUGCAACGACGGAUCGGUUGUUUACGCUCCGUUUGAUGUGACUGUCAACGGAAGUCUCUCCGUCUUUUCUGACCCCAAACAGGAAGCGAUCAACAACGGCAUCCAACUGAGUGGAAACAAUCUGUGUUUCAAGCUGUUCUACGUUCAGCCGGACCGAGUAUCUGGAACUGUGAAGAGAGGCGAACGGCUCGGCGUCAUGAUGCCCAUGCAGAGCGUUUACCCAGGAAUCACCUCAUAUAUCCAUGUCCAGAUGUGUGAUGAGAGCGACCCCUCAGAUCACUUCUGAUCGCCUCACUGCCACUCCUGUGGCCUUUCUACACGUUGACAUUAAAGCUUCUUCAAUUUUAAAGAGUUUUGUUGCAUUCGUUUUUAUUAACA